UCAAUGAAACAUAGAUAAUUCUAUAGCUUAAUAUUUGAGCUUACUAGAAAAUGGCUACUACUCUUUCUGAAGCCUAUAGAGAUCACCCUCUUCACCUCCAUCAUAUUAUACCCUUAGACUUUUCUUCAUUUAGAACCUUACCCGAUUCCCAUGCAUGGCCUCAAUCUAAUGAUGAUUGUAAUGAUCAUUUGACAUCCAAUAUUAAUGGAUGCUUUGAUGAAUCAUGCAUACCCAUCAUUGAUCUCAAUGAUCCUAAUGCAAUGGAACAAAUAGGCCUUGCAUGUGAGAAGUGGGGUGCUUUUCAAUUGAGAAACCAUGGCAUACCCUUAAAUUUAAUUGAAGAGGUUGAAGAAGAAGCAAAGAGAUUCUUUUCUCUUCCUUCCAAAGAGAAAGUUAAGGCCCUUCGAUCCUCCGGCGGCGCCACCGGAUAUGGUAGAGCUCGAAUAUCACCAUUCUUCCCCAAAUACAUGUGGCAUGAAGGAUUCACAAUUAUGGGGUCACCAUCUAAUGAUGCCAAAAAGAUCUGGCCUAAUGACUAUAAACGCUUUUGUGACAAAAUGGAGAACUACGAAAAUCAAAUGAAGAUGCUAUCCGAGAAAGUAACAAAAAUGAUAUUCAACAUAUUAGGAAUUUCCCAACAAGAAAACAAAUGGGUUGGUUCAAACAACCAUUGUGGAGCAAUUCAACUCAACUUCUACCCUUCUUGUCCUGACCCAAAUAAAGCAAUGGGCCUGGCCCCACACACUGACACAUCACUUCUAACAAUCCUUCAUCAAAGCCAAACAAGUGGGCUCCAAAUAUUCAAAGAAGGUGUAGGAUAUGUUCCUGUGCACCCUCACCCUAAUACAUUAAUUGUUCACACUGGUGACAUUCUUCAUAUUUUGUCUAAUUCAAGGUUUCGUUGUGCUCUUCAUCGUGUUGUUGUCAACAAUGUUAAGAAUAGAUAUUCUGUCGCUUAUUUUUAUGUACCCCCAAUUGAUUAUUUGGUUCAGCCUUUUGUUCCUACUAACUCUUUGCCACGUUUUCGUUCUUUGAGUGUUAAGGAGUAUAUUGGGAUUAAAGCUAAGAAUCUUGGGGGUGCUUUGUCUUUAAUUAGUACAUUUCUUGAUGAUGAUUUAUGUCAACAAGGGAAAUAAAUUGUACCUUAAUUUAGGCAACAUUGUACUAGCUUUAAUACAUAUGUACCUAAUUUCUAUUUUAA